CAGCUGGCAAGUACGAAUGCCAUAUUGUGUUUACAACCUACAUUUCACACGUUGCCUGAAGACUGCCAAGCGCGGAAGUGCCUUGCAAUAUUCAGAAUAUUCCCUCGAUAAAAGUAUAAAUUAAAACUUCACAUCGCUGAACAUUUCCAAGAAGCUAAUUAUCUCUGGCGCCGCAACAAAGGAGAUUCUCAAAACAUGACUAAAUCCUAUAGAAAUGUGACACUGGCCGACGUUAGGGCGAUGACGCGAGCGCGCUGUGAAAUCAAAAACGGGGAUCUUGUGGUUAAAAUGAUCAAUGACAUGAUUUGUGCCGGUGCCAGCAAGCUUCAAGUCCUUUCAGACUUCGAUUACACCAUAACAAAGCAAUGCUUGGAAGACGGAUCUUCGCCGCCGACCAGCUUCAAAAUGUUCAACAAAUGCAAAUCUGUGCCUCCGACUUUUCUUGAAGAGGAUGGAAAGCUUCGGGAGGUGUACCGUCCCUUGGAAAUAGAUCCCAAUAUUUCCACAGAAGAGAAAGCUGAAAAAAUGCAAGAAUGGUGGGAAAAGUCAGCAGACAUUUUCAAAGGCUUUCCAUUCAAUCCUGACGAAAUUGACGAAGUGGCAGCUGAAUCUUCUGACUACUUACGCGAUGGAGUGCAUGAACUUUUCAAUGAUCUCAACAAUAAUAAUGUGCCUCUUUUGGUAUUCUCCGCUGGAUUGGGAGACUGCGUCGUAUCCAUAUUAAAGCAAUUCAACGUACUACUGCCAAACGUUAAGGUUGUAUCGAACUUUUUAAAGUAUAAGGAUGGACAUUUGGAUGGUUUUAUCCCACCAAUAAUUCAUAUUUUUAACAAGAACGAACAAGUUCUAAAAGGUACCGAGUAUUAUGACUCGGUACAUAAUCGUGAUCAUAUUAUUUUAAUGGGCGAUUCUUUGGGUGAUGCUGAGAUGGCAACAGGAGUACCAUCGUCGUCGCAUGUCUUAAAAAUCGGCUUUUUAUAUGACCAUGUCGAGCUUAAUCUCCAAAGAUACAUGGAUGCAUUUGACAUUGUACUCAUAAAUGAUCAGACUAUGGACUUACCAAAAGCCUUGGUAUCUUUAAUCCAAAGCAAUGAAUCCUGAUUAGCACAAAUUGUUUAAGAUUAAAAGACUUUUGCACAGUUCUCCCUGACAUUGCGCAACCAUGAUUAAGUUUUUGAUAUUAUUUUUCCUAUGACUUGGAUUAUUAUUUAAAGUAUUUGCUGGUAUAUAACGAAAGUGGAAAUCAUUAUUUAUGGAUAUGUUUUACAUUGAAUGAAUGCAAUAAAUGAUUGGACAGGAA